AUGAAAACAUUGGAAAAUGCUCUUUCUGACCAUAAGAACAUAUGCCCAGUGAAUCCUUUUGGAGAUUCUGCUGAUGACAAUGGUGCAAGUAUGAUGAUAACUUCUAGAGUGAAGGGAAUAUCAUGGUCUUGCGAAAGCCAACAAAUCCUGCCGGCUGCGGGUGGCAAUGAGCUCUAUAGUUUAACUUUCGGUGAACAGAUUGGGCGAGGUUCAUGUGCGACUGUGUAUCGCGGUCUAUGGUGUGGCACGGAUGUUGCUAUAAAAGUACUUUCCAACUUUGAAUACUCAGAAGACUUGCUAAUGCAACAUUCCUUCAGACAAGAGGUAUUACUGAUGAAGAGGCUGAGGCAUCCAAGCGUGGUACUCUUCAUGGGGGAAGUGACAUCAUCUCAGCAUCUGGGUAUUGUCACCGAGUUCCUUCCACGUGGAAGUUUGUUUCGGUUACUUCGCCUUCACACUACUAAUACAUUAGGUUGUAAACGGCGUAUUCUCAUGGCUUUGGACAUUGCACGAGGUAUGAAUUACCUUCAUCGUCACAACCCACCAACCAUUCACCGUGAUUUGAAGUCAUCAAAUCUUUUGGUUGAUAAGAACUGGAGGGUAAAGGUUGGUGAUUUUGGUCUCUCACGAGUCAAACAUGCAACUUUUCUAACAAGUACCGGUGAUGGAACGGCACAGUGGAUGGCUCCGGAGGUUAUCCGCAAUGAGCCAGCAGAUGAGAAGUCUGAUGUGUAUAGCUUUGGAGUUGUUCUAUGGGAGCUUGCAACUCUAAAAGUCCCUUGGAAUGACCUGAACUCAAUGCAGGUGAUCGCGGCUGUAGGAUUCAUGAACCAACGAAAUGAGAUACCAAAAGACAUUGACCCGCUUUGGGAAUGUCUAACUGAGAGUUGCUGGCAUAGUGAUCCGAAAUGCCGCCCAACGUUCGAAGAAGUGCUUGCAAAAUUGAAAGUUGUGCAGAGACAUCAUCAUUUUGUUUAA